GACUGUUAUAGCGGAUUAGUGAGGAUUUAAUACCUGAAGCCCCAGCACUUGUUAGAGCUCACGUUCCUAGAAUUUAGUUCAGCUUGUGUCUUGUUGCAGAACACACGUUUCAGUAACACAUGACCAACUAAACAAAAUGAAGGACGGUCUUAAUAUACCGUCUCUUCCAAGUCCCCAAGACCGGUAUACUCUUGAGAAAAAAAUCGGUUCUGGUGUCUUCGGCGAAGUCCAUCGAGCUAAAGAUAAUCAAGCUGCUGGCAAAGCUGUAGCUGUUAAAAUACAAAUAAAUAGCGAAGAGAAUGAACCACACAUUCAAGAUGAAUACAAAAUCUUACGAGAUUUCACCAAACAUCCCAAUCUCAUAGAUUUCUACGGCGUUUUCUGUGAUAAGUCCGAAUAUACUACAAGGAUAUGGUUUGUCAUUGAGUUAUGCGAAUAUGGAUCUGUUAUUGAUAUUGUCAGAAAACUUAAGGCAGCGGACAAAAAAAUGUCCGAAGAACACAUCGCUUACAUCCUCAAAUAUACGAUCAAGGCAAUCGUUUAUUUACACGACAAUAAAAUAAUACACAGAAAUAUACGAUGUAGUAAUAUCUUAAUUAACAAGGAUGGUGAAAUAAAACUCACAGACUUUGGUUUAUCGUGCAAAUUAAAUGGAACUCACGAUAAAACCAGAACAAGCAUCGGGUCGCCGAGUUGGAUAGCGCCAGAAGUGGUUACAGGAGGUGACGAAGGAUACGACAAUAGAGCUGACGUGUGGGCUUUAGGAAUCAGCACCAUAGAAAUGGUUGAUGGCAAAGCUCCCUUUGAGAAUAUGCAUCCUACGAGAGCUUUGUUUCAAAUAGUGAGGAAUCCUCCACCAUCCGUAGCAAAGCCAUCGAUGUCAUCGAAUGACAUUAACGAUUUUAUAACAGAAUGCCUGGAAAAAAAUCCCGAGCAUCGACCUUUUAUGAUCGAAUUGGAAGAACAUCCAUUCAUUCAAACUGUCCCAGAAAAUGAUUUUCAUCUAUCUACUGAGCUAAAAAUGCUUGCAGCUGAUUUAGUGGAAAAAGAAGCUCCUUAUAAACCAACUGACAGAAUUAUUAAAAAUGGUCUUCUCACUACCGAAGGCAAAAAAGACCCCGAAACUAUGCAAGUCGAAGAUCUUGCUGCUCUAGAACAUUUAACAGAGGAUAACAUUAUUUGCGAACUUCAAAUAAAAUAUCAAAAAGGGUCGUUUAUGUCAUUUAUCGGCGAUGUAUUAUUAAUACUUAAUCCAAAUACACAUGAAGACAUUUACACUGAAGAGCAUCACAAGAAAUACGAAUGCAAAUCGCGGUCUGAUAAUGAACCUCACAUUUUUGCUGUAGCCGAUAGUGCACAUCAAGAUGCGACUCACCAUAACGAACCUCAGUACAUAAUAUUUUCUGGCGAAAGUAAAUCAGGCAAAUCAACUUAUAUGAUGCAUGCACUCUCUCACCUUACAUAUUUGGGUGCUAUGAAGAAUAAUACCGGAGAAAGAAUACAAAAAGCUACGAAAGUUAUUCAAGCGUGCAUAAGUUCAGCAACGCCUAUUAAUUCAAACUCCACACGUGGAAUAUUACAAGUACAAGUGACUUAUGGCACUUCAGGGAAAUUAAGUGGAGCGAUUUUUUGGCUAUACCAGCUUGAAAAGUGGCGUGUGUCGUCUACAGACAUGAAUCACGCAAACUUUGAUCUUCUUUAUUAUUUUUAUGACGCUCUUGAAGCAAACAACAGGUUAGAUGAAUUUUAUUUAGAAAGAAAUAGAAAUCACCGGUAUCUACGAGUUCUAGACGAGUCCUCAAGAGGCGCGAGAAGCGCACGAGAGUCACCCCGAGAAAAUGUUAAGUGCUACAAUGAGUUUGUUGAAAAUUUAAAAAUACUAGACUGGGAAGAAGAGGAUAUAAAGUUCCUGGAAACGGUUUUAGCUGCUAUACUUGUUUUAGGAAAUGUGAGAUUCAGGGAUGGAAGAAAUGGAUCAGCUGAGAUAGAGAAUCUGGAUGAAGCCAAAAAAGUCGCAAAAUUAUUAUCUCUCGAAGAAGUUAAGUUUCUUUGGGCGCUUCUUAAUUAUUGCCUCAUUGAAAAUGGAACUGCUGUUAAAAGAAAACAUGCAACAAAUGAAGCUAGAGAUGCUCGAGACACUCUUGCAAGUGCACUUUAUAAGAGGCUCGUGGAUUGGUUAAUCAACGUAAUCAACGCAAAACUAUCAUUUAUGAGAUCUGUAUUUGGUGAUAAAUUCUCAGUAAGCCUAAUAGAUAUGUUUGGUUUCGAGUGUUAUCAUCGAAAUCGAUUGGAACAGUUAAUUGUUAACACAACAAACGAGCAAAUCCAAUUUUUGUACAAUCAAAGAAUGUUUGUUUGGGAAAUGCAAGAGGCGGCAGAAGAAGAAAUACAAACUACAACUUUAAGAUUUUACGACAAUAAAAAUUCUGUCGAUCAAUUGAUGGGAAAACCACUUGGUAUUUUUCAUAUAUUAGAUGAAGCAAGUCGCGCUAGUACCGGCCAUGAACUUAUAAUGAGUACAAUUAAAACAAAAUGUAAGGGACCUUAUGUCAAGAUCUCAGGAAAUCAUGAGUUUAGUGUAGCACAUUACACUGGCAAAGUGAAUUACGAUGCAAGGGAAAUGGCCGAUAAAAAUAGAGAUUUUCUCCCUCCUGAAAUGAUUGAAACUAUGAGAGCUUCGACAAAUCUUAACCUUCAACAGCUGUUCAAGAAUAAGUUAACUAAAUCUGGAAAUCUAACAGCAGCAUCCAAUCAAAGCCCAGCCGCAGCACCAGCAGGGCGGUCAAAGUCUGAAAAGGAAAUGGAAAACCUGAAAGCUAGAAAGUUUAACACGGUUUCUAAAGGCCAGUAUUCACAAAUACGAAGAAUGAGAACUGCGGCUACUACAUAUCGAGCCACUAGCUUAGAACUACUGAAGCAACUGUCUUCAGGCCCUGGCAGCGGUGGUACACAUUACGUGAGAUGUGUAAGGACAGACCUAAAUGAUAACCCUCGUGGUUUUCAGACUGAGCUUAUACGACAACAAUUAAGAGCCUUAGCUGUUUUAGAUACAGCUAAAGCUCGUCAAAAUGGAUUUCCUUGCAGAGUACCAUUUGCUGAAUUUAUUCGAAGAUAUCGCUUCCUAGCAUUUGAUUUUGACGAAACUGUCGACGAAACAGCUGAUAAUUGUAGACUGCUAUUGAUACGUUUGAAAAUGGAAGGAUGGGAGCUUGGUAAAUCCAAAGUAUUUUUGAAAUAUUAUAACGAGGAAUUUCUAUCUAGGUUGUAUGAGAUCCAAGUUAAGAAAAUUGUUAAAGUGCAAAGUAUGAUGCGAACGUUUUUAGCAAAAAGAAAUGCCGUAAAAAAUAAAUCAAAGAAUUUGCACAUCCAGGAAUUGAAGAAACAAAAAUCCCUAAAUGUUUCUGAAGAAGACGCAGCUUUACUUAUUCAAAAAGCUUAUAGAGGAUACAUAGUUCGCAAAGCAUAUCCUCUCGUCAACAAAUCUACUGAUCAAAUAGAUGAAGAGACAUCUGCGUUCCUAAAACGGUUUGCUAUGAAAUGGAAGAGCCGAUCGAUUUUCCAAGUACUCCUGCAAUACCGAGCGCUUCGCUAUCAGGAUUUGGUUCACUAUUCACAGCAGGUACAUAUAUAUAACCAAGCUGUAGUUGAAGGACUUAAUAAUACUAAUUCACCAGUAAGUCUUGACCGCGUUGACCCUCAUGCUAAACAAAAAAGUUUCCUUGGUUCUGGACCACCAACUGUCUGGAAACUUCCCUUCCGAAUGGAUGAGAUCCAAUUCUUCGAUACUUCGCAUAUGUGCGAUCCUUCUAUGAAGAGCACAGACACAUUUGCAAGUCCAUAUGAUUCUGACAGCGAACAAUGGGAUGAACCUUUGAAACGUCGUUGCAGUGCAGUUCAAACGGACCCUUUCAAAGCUUCAACGAGCACGCAAACGCUUAUAACCGUGCCGUUCUGCAGAGACCCAUCCAAACCUGUGCCAACUUUACCUCCAGACGAACCAGACAUAUAUUCGAGAAGAGAAAGUUUUAGCAAACCCGUCAUCUAUAAGAAGCCACCAAACCUUUCCCCCCAAAGCUUUUACCACCCACCCGCUCCUUGGUCCAGCGGCGGCGACGAUACGGAUAUUUUAGAAAACAGCGCCGGUCGAAGAUCGAGCAAUGCACGUGGCAGCUUUACUGUUGACAAGAGCGAUCUGCCAGACCCAAUCAGUGAGUUACAGGCCUUGGCUAAAUCUUCAAGGCACUCGAGAGACGAAGAUGAUGAUGAGCCCCCGUUUAAUUUUCAGGCUAUGCUGAAAAAAACUCCGAAGAAUAGAGCAUCCAUGAAGAGACAGGGUGAAACGUAUGAUAAUCCGCAAGAUCACUCAACUAGAUUUUCGGCCAACUCACGUUAUGUGAACACUUCUUAUGGGGCACCGGUUUCUAGAAAGCAUAUUAUUUCACCUAAUGAGGCAUCAUCUGUCGCUCUAUCACCUACCCAUUCAAUCGCUUCUAAUAAACUGCCACCGAAGCAUGACUUUGAUAGAGUUUCCCAUGAUUUUAACGACUCCGGAUUUGAAAAGAGGUCUUCUCAACAAAAUCGUGGUUACGGAGACAACAAAGACGACACCGAAACGAUUGAAAUAGCACCGGGAAUAACCGUUGAGGGUUCCGUGGCAGAUUUGUAAAUGCAAAACCAAAAUAUGUUUUGUAAAAAAUAUAUUUAUUCUCAUUUACCAUCGAAGCAUACAUUACUCUUAUAUUAUGGCGUUACUCUAUUAAUAUUUUUGAAUUUGAUAUUAAAGCCAUGUAUUACUUGUUGUUUAGUACAUAAAGCUUAUCGUUAUGCUUAAGUAAAAUAUAUUUUUCUCAAUAGAGUUAAGUAUAUUAAAUACGAAUUUUCAAAACUUAAAGCGAGUCAUUAUGGUAUCAUAAUUUUGUCAACAUAUAUUCUCAUACACAUCAUAGAAAAAUAUGUCAUUUUUAAUUUCCUUACAUAUAAUAAUAUAGCUUAAUCGAA